CGCUGUGUGCCGCAGCCAAGUGAGCCACGGGCGGUAACGGCCGCUGGCAGACAUUUUGUGCAACUUAUAUGCAAAGUACUCGAGUUCCGUGUGUGUGUCCGUUGUGAAUUCAGUGUCUCAUUUAAGCAAAUAUGUGUAAGCGCCCUUUACCGCCGAAAUAUUAACGAAGAAAUGAAAUAAAACGAUCCCUCCGGGUUUUCGCUUGUGCGAGCUACGUACAACGCGCAUUCGAAUCUCUCUCUGUCUCUAUUUCUCCACUGGGCCCCCUCUCUCGCCCCACUCUUGCCAACCGCGUUCUUUCCUUCUCGUGCUUGGGGCCACACAAAUAACUUCUUGCAUUCACCGUCCGCCCGUUGCUCGUGAACGUACCUGUACCUUGUAAACCGAACAUAUACAUACAAAUACACAUUUCUCGAGCCACGCUCAAAACUUUCGUCUCGACAGACGAUGCGUACAAAAAAUUUGCCAAUACAACGUUUUAGAUACAUACAAAACUCCAUUUUUUAAAUCUUUUAAGUGCGCAAAGCGCGAUCGCGAAAGUGUUUCGAGUGCUCGUAAAAUUCACAAGUUUUAGCCUCUUCCAUGCAAUUUUUAUAGCACAGUGUUUCCAGUGUGUUUUUUGUGUUGGCAGCGCCAUAUUGUUUUUUUUACCCCGGUACGGUACAAGAUAGAUAUUUGUCGAAUAAUCACAAAUAAAUCGAUAAGUUUGUUGCGUUCACGUUCCUUCUCGUAAUCGAUCGUCGAAAAAUUCGUCAACCUGUUUUUUGUGCGCGUGUGGUAUUUAACUCUCGGGAAAGUAGCGUAAUCGACGAGCUGUCAUCUAGAAACGUCGUGCACUCAAACGCCGGUGAACUAGUGUCGAAAACCAAAUUAACUCCGAUUUGGAAACGAAGCAAGUGUAAAAAAGAAUCGUGUGACGCUCUGGAACUCACGUUCGCUCGAAAAUAGUACAAAUAGUUUGCCCGAGUGCUCAAAAAGUCCGCCAUAUUCGUUCGAAAAUGUCGAAAGUUCGUGUGUACCGGUGUGCUUUGUGAUUCGUUAUUGUGAAAUAAUUUAAGCAGCAACGUAGCGUUAAAGUGGAUUAAGUUUUGUAUGUGUGACAGUGAAAGGGCGGUAUCCUCUUUCGAAGGAUAAGUUGUCAUUCGAGAAAUCUGGAUUACGCGGGAGACUCAAGGAUUCUCAAAAUUUCGCAGGUUUUACAAACAAAAGGCGCAUCAACGGAUCGAGAUGGCCUGAGGGAAGGCUCCGGCAACCUUGCCGAGGUGUUACCAGUGGGCGGGGGUGGUGCCGUGCUGGUGCUUAGCGAACUCGAGAGCAUGGCAGCGCGGCAACAGCGGGAAAUAGCCCAGCAAAGGCGUCUCUUGGAACAACGAGAAGCCCGCCUCGCCGUGCUCCGAGGAGCACAGGAACCAGCACAGCAAGACAGACUUGCAAGACUGAGACACCGGCUUGAUCAGCAGCAGAGUAAACUGAACCGGUUGCGGCAGCUGAGGUCGCAAACGGAUCAAUCGAGGGCCAAUAAUGCUACCCUGACUUCCGACCUCGACUGCAUAAGGGCUCUGUUCAAUGAAAAGGAAAAGGAACUGUCGUUGGCGGUGGCGAAGGUCGAGGAGCUGACGCGACAGCUCGAGGAGCUGAGAGGACGUCGCAACGGGGCAAACGGUUCCGCUGGUAACGGCCAAAUGUCAACUCCAGCGAGCGCGGAACUCGAGAAACUACGACGAGAGCUUACGUAUCGAAACAAGAUUAACGAGCAGCAGAAUCAAGUGGUCUCUCAGCAGAGGCUCGCACUCGCCCAGCGCCAAGCCGAAAUGGCAUCAAUCGACGCGCGGAUAGCUCAACUCCAAGGACGCCUUCAACGCAAACGAGCUCUGAAUCAACGACUGAGCCAACAGCUCGGCACUGCCAAUCGCCCGGUCACCACCCAACCAGGCUUCCAAGACGUCAAACACGACUUCAACAACUCGGUUAAACAACGUCCCGCUGGUAACGUCGCUGCCAUCGAGCCCUACAGUCACAUACCCAACGACAAUGAUUUCAAUCUCAACAAAAACGAUCCCAAGUAUCAAACUCUACCGUACAAUACCAAGUUCACCGUGAAUUUCAAACCCACCGAAGACGACGUGAACAAAAACAAAAUACAGCACAGCGCCAGCGCCUCGCAGAUCGGACAGAGGUCGACUUUCCAACAAUUUGGACAUCAAAUCGCUCACAGCCAGUCGCAGUCCCAUAUACAGGGUCAGUCUCAGCUUCUCGGACAGCAAUCAUCCCAGCAGCAUCAAACUAAUCCACAGGGUUAUGCUCCGCAGUCGAGCAAUCUUCCUUCGAGCCAAUCGAGCAACAAUAACAAUAACAACAACAAUAACAUAAACGCAAAUAACCAGCAAACGAGUGGAAACAAUCAAGGAACAUCGCAAAAUGUAUUUGUCCAAGAAGCACCGAGCCAAGUGCAAAGUUCGAGGCUGCACACUCAUCAACAACAGCAACAGCAGCAGCAGCAGCAACAUCAGCCUCAACAAUUGCAACACACAUCGAUAGCGCCGAAACAGCAGCAAAGUUCAACUAAUUCUUCGAACUCAAGCCUCGCCAGCGGACAGUCGAUAACGCAAUCGUACAAUCAUCGAAAUUUGCAGACACACCAAAAACCAGUGUCGAGCGUGGCACCGAGUUUUCCUGUCAAAUCACCGAUUUACCAGACGUCAUCGACCAAGAUUCAUCCGGUGAUGCCGCAAACGUUGAGUCUGAUCGGACGCAGUCAUACGACGAAUAUAGAGAGAAAUUAUCCGAAUCAUUCGAUCGGACCGCCGAGUUCUCAAAGUCCACAGGGCCAACAAUUAACCCAAACUAUCGGUGGUCAUCAGGAAUCAAACUUUCCGCUGCGUCAAAAUUACCAGCACGCGUCACAAACCCCGGGGCAAUAUUCUUCUUACAGAACCCAAAAUUCUCCGAAUUUACCAUCGAACGUCGCUCCGCCGACUCAUGUGCAACAGGCUAAUUCAAACUACUCGGCUUAUCCGAGUCAGAGUUACAAUCAAACGUCGCAAAGUGGAGAUCCCUCGCAGCAGCCGAACGAGAGAUCGAAGUUCGAAGGUUUGAAGAGCGGAGCGUUGGUCAAUCAGGAGAAAUAUGAAUUGCCACUAAAGCACGAGCCACACGUGAGAUACGAGCAGCAGGGUCUGCCAAAACACGACAAUCAAAAAUACGAGCACACGAGCCAAACGACGAAAUCUUACGAGCAAAUGCCACCGAAAAGCGAUCAGAAUAACGCCGGACAACAACAACACCAAAAUGUCAAUAAGUACGAAAGUACAACAAAGCACGAUCAAAAUAAGUUUGAAGCUCCCCAAACGAGACACGAGCAACAACAUCACACUGGCAAAUUCGAACAGUCGCAACUCUUGCCCGGUGUUCAUCAGGUCAAACACGAGCUGCACGAAGCUCGUGGCUCCAACGCGUAUGAACUCAACUCACAAUUCAAGCACGAACAAUUAAUGAAACACGAGAGCACUUCCAACUUUUCACAGUUCAAACCACUCCAAGAUAACUCAAAGUUCGAAAUCUCACGAGAUAAUAAAAUCGAUCACGCCAGUCAGUCGACCAACCAAAUGGGCAAACACGAUCACACCGCCAAAUUCGAACCACCCAACAAAAUAGCCGAAAAACCCUAUGAAUUCGAUCGCAUCAAGUCCGAUAAUGACAGGAAAUUGAUCAAUUUCUCCGAACCCAAAAACGAGGACAAACAAAAGCCAGCGUUACCACCUAAGCCCAGCAAACCAAAUCCACCGCCCAGGCUCACCCAUCAUGAGAAAAACGAGGUUACGGAAAGCAUCGUUGAAGCUAAAACUCCUGCUGCACCCAUCACCCUGAAUUUGAGGUCCGAGAAGGAAGAGGAUAUUCCGCCAAUUCCAACAUCCGAACUACCAGAAUCACCGAUCGAGACUCCGAUAACGAAUCAUCAAAUAAUCAAGGCACGUCCAUUGGCCCUAAAGAAAGCUCCGCUUUCGGAGCAGCCGAGAUUACGUUACGCCAAAUCAAAUGUGCACGUAUCGAUAAAUCGUCGAAUUGAAAUGCCACCGGCUUUUCUGUUUCCCGAGACUGAGAUACCCGCUGAUCUUAUGCAAAGUGAGCAGCAAACGCAGCAAACGACGACGCAACAGCAGCAGCAACAACAACAACAAUCACAGAAUUUACCCGACGUUACCGACAACUGUAAAAAAUCAUUGAACGUUGGGAUCUGCGAAGAAAUAUCGAGCAACGACAAACUCGAAGACGCCGACAUCGUCGACGCUCUUAAUAUCAUCAAUAUCGAAGACAAAGUUAAAAACAAUAAGGCAGAGACUGACAAACGCCUGGAAAGCGAAAUCGAUUGCAAAAACAACACCGACGUCGUUAGAAGGAAAAAGGGCAAUUUGAAAUCAACCACGGGUAAAGCAAACUUAUCGAGACGGGUCUCCUUCGACCCGUUGGCCCUGCUUCUCGACGCUAGCCUCGAAGGUGAACUCGAACUCGUCAAAAAAACUGCCAAGGAAGUCGCCAACCCAAGCUCCGCCAAUGACGAGGGUAUCACUGCCCUCCACAACGCCAUUUGUGCUGGACAUCUCGAGAUCGUCAAAUUUCUUGUCGAGUUCGGCUGCGACGUCAACGCUCAAGACAGCGAUGGAUGGACUCCUCUUCAUUGUGCAGCGAGCUGCAACAAUCUUGCGAUGGUCAGAUUUCUCGUGGAGCACGGUGCUUGUAUAUUUGCCACGACGUUAUCCGACCACGAGACAGCUGCGGAAAAGUGUGAAGAAGACGAAGAGGGUUUUGACGGAUGCUCCGAGUAUCUGUACAGUGUUCAGGAAAAAUUGGGCAUUAUGAAUAAUGGACAAGUUUACGCAGUAUUCGACUACGAGGCACAACACAGCGACGAAUUGACGCUAAAAAAUGGCGAUUCGUUGGUUAUACUCCGCAAGGGAGACGAUAACGAAAGAGAAUGGUGGUGGAGCAAACUCGGAAAUCGAGAAGGCUACGUUCCCCGAAAUUUAUUGGGCCUAUAUCCAAGAGUUCAACCGGCAAAGGCAGACUGAGAGGCCCACAAAAAAAUCUGCAAGAGUUUCUCAAAUAUCCGAAACGUUUAUCAUCACCACAGUAUUCAAUUUGCAGCUUUAUCUCAUUAGGUAUUUUUUAAAUAGUGUGUAUUGUAAUGUCACAUAUUAUUAUAGUUAUUUAAUGAGGCCGACUCGAUCGGAUGAGGGAGAACGGAAGGAAAAAAGGAAUAUUACAUAUGUGGUUUAGCGUUAUAUUCUAUUAAAGGAGAAUAAGAAUUCACUCUUGGAACAGUUCUUUGACGAAGAAAAGAAGAAAUAGUCGCAAUCGAAUCUUUCUCUAAGCGUAACAUCCUGUGAAUUCUACGUUUUUUAUCAUUUCUUUUUAAUCCAAUCAAAUACGAAAAAGCCUAAUUCGUUUUUCGAACAAUCACGAGUAUAUCUGUUUAAAUAAUAGAGAAUGUAAUUUCGCGUGCCUAUUGAAGACUUUAUACGCGUGUACUUAGAUGCUUUUACAAACGCUGGGCCUCCAACCCGUUUGAUAUAUCAAAAACUUAAUGAAAAGCGAAGAUAAAAUUAGCGAGAGACGAGUCCUCUGGAAACGGACAAUAUUGGAGCGAUGAUAGUAUCAUUUUACGAAUUGAAUGUGCAUUUUUGUUUUUUCUUUAAAUUAUAUUUUAUAUAAAUAUAUGAUUCGCGUACUCCAUAAGGCAACGCCGAAACGAGAAGAAACUUUCAUUUCCUUCAAACGACAUUUUUGUUUCACCUAAAUGUUUGUGUUUAGAUGAAGUCAAAUCGUGCUUCUCGAUUCUCGUUACGUUUCUGUUUUGUUUUGUUUUUUUUUUUAUGUUUUGUUUGUUAACAUACGAAAUAGCAAUUUCACCUGAAAGUUCUCAAAUCUACCGUCGCUCUUUAGAUUCGAGAAAUCUUCGCAUUCAAACGAAACGUAUUCUCUAAGCUUGCCAAUGGAAUAAUUACGUUGUAAUGGUAUUAUUUUAAUUUUAGUCAGUCGUGACACCGACGAAUCCCGAAUUACAAAAAAAAAUUUAUUAUAAAGAACAAAAAUUGAAAAAAAAUAAAAAAAAAACAUGAGAAAUUAUGUACCACAACAGAUGGAAUGUUUGCGAGUAACUUUAGACAUUUUUCACCCUCACCUCGACCGAUGCUUAUGGUUCGAAAUGGGUUAAAUAUCAACGUGGCAAUACUAUUAUUAUGUACGCGCGACCGAAAACCUCGACGAUAUAGCUGACGGAAAGAUUACAAUGAUUUAUAAAAAUAAAAAACAAAAUGUGUGCCUUUGAAAAUAAUAUUGACCAGAUUAUGUAAGAAUGCACGAUAUAUGACGAAAAAUAAAUUGUUUUUUUUUUCAUAAAAGUA